GCGAAAGAGCAGUGUUAUGAGAAUGGGGAGUGGGGCUAAUUGUAGCUGGAUUGGGCCUGAGAUCCCUCUGUCCUCACAGAUCUUCAGUGCCAUUAAAGAUGAUCUGUGGCUCUUCCUCAUCCCGGCUGCUUUGGCUGUCAUUUUACUGGGGGUGUUUUUGGAGGAAGUGGGUUUUUUCCUGCGCCAUAUUCCCUCCUUCAGACGAAAACGACUCUACCUGUGGAUAUUAGGAAUGUACCCGGUAUUUGCCUUGACCUCCCUCAUAGCGCUGUAUGUGCCACGUUCUUCCUCACUGUGUAAUUUCAUUGCGUCACUGUAUCAUUCUAUCACCUUGCUGAAAUUCAUGGGACUGAUCACAGACUUCUUUGGAGGGAAAGCUCGUAUGCUGGCUGCUUUGUCUGGACAGCAGGUAUCUCCAGAUCCUUUCCCCUGUUGCUGUUGCUGCUGUCUCCCAAUGGUGGCCAUCAACAGCAGUAGCCGUGGCUGGAUGAUGGCUGCUGUGCUGCAGCUCUCUGUGGUUCGCAGUAUCUUGUUCUUUGUCAUGCUGGUCCUGUGGACAGAUGAACAGUAUGACUACGGUGAUGUGGAUUCAGUCAACCCCAACCUGUACGUCAACGGUAUCAUAGGUGUGUCAACCUUCGUGUCCUUCUACGGCCACCUUCUGUUUUACAAAGCCACUAAGAGUGCUUUGCAUGGUUAUGGACUACGAGCCAAGUUCAUCUGUAUCAUCGUGGUACUGGUGCUGUGUGGACUGCAGAGUGGCAUCUUAGAGACCAUGGGUGCUCUGGAGGUUAUCCCAUGUACACCACCCUUCUCAGUCCUGACCAGGUCCCAGUUGAUCUACCACUACUGUGUGAUUGUGGAGAUGUUCUGCAUUGGCCUGUAUGCCCGCCACACUUUCCGCAAGGUGGAGCCAAGCGUGGUGGAGGAUGCGGAGAGGCCGGUCAGUGUCUGGCAGAUGGAAAAAGCCGUUCAAACAGAUGAUGCUCAGAUGAUGCAUCACAAGCUUGGCCUGCCCUCGGAGGAGGUUUGGCCCGGCCACCGCCUUGUCAGUGCCUCAAAUCCCAGUUACAACAGUGAUAGCGAGGACAGUCUGUGCAGGAUAGAGCAUGCACCUCUGGAUGAUUUCCCCUUCCCUCAGACCAGAGGUCAGCAGCCAGGCACACCAGAUCAAAUGCAGCACAAGUCUGCAGAGGACCCAGGUGUAGCUCUGACACACAUUACUGUCAGAGCUGAUAUUAACUAUCAGGACUGUAAGGAUGUCACUGUGGUUUGAGCAGCUAUGGAAAAUCUUUCACAAGACAUUAAACAAGACAAAGCUGGUAAGCCAGAACCAGCUUGUUUGGUGCAGUGUGUGGCCCUGAGGAUUUGUCUGGAGAACUGUGCUGUGAAAAACAAGGUAAAAACUGACACGUGUCAAUGCUCCUUCUCUACAUGGUGCCAAUUAACAAAUACUUAAUAGUUUAAACUGUAUACUGCUGCCACAAGAUGAAGAAACAUUCUCUACUUUGUUACAUCAGUUUAAAAGUCAUGAGAAAUGUUGCUUCUUCUCGCUCGUGUGUCUAUUAUGUAAUCUAUCUAUAUAUAGACAUAUAUAUAUAUAUAUAUAUAUAUUGUUUUGCAGUUUUUUAUACUACACACACUAAUUGUGAUAAUUUGUGGAAAACAAAAGGCAGGAUAAAUACAUGAGAACUUGAUGCCUGACCUAAGAAUUUCCAAAGGCUAUAAUCCUGUGCCACAAUGAACAGGCUUAUUGCCUGCAAUUAUUUCUCUUUGAUCUUCAGUGGUUUAUAUUGGAUGACAUUUAAAGCUCUGGAUUAAAGCAUUGAAGAUGAAUGAUCAUUCUUUCCCCCCAUAACAUAGACAGUUUGGACACUAGAUUUAAAUUCCAACUGGAAUUAAACUGUAUCUUUGCUUGUUGUGCUACAGCAUGCAGUACAUACAGUGUCUUUUGUGUAAAUCAAAUGUUGUCUUCUCUCCUUUGAGAAAAAACAGUACAAAAAAUCAAGAAAUUAACAUUAUAUAUUUUUCAGCAUCAAGGUUUUGCCCCCUAUCUGAGCAUCCAGCAGUUAGACUUUGGUUGGUUCUCCAUCCAAAAAUGUAGCUUUUCUAAAAUGCUUUCCAGAUUAGAUGAGUCUGAAAAUGCUGUCCCCAUGUUUUAGUGUUUUAGCAGUCAUCUUUACCUGCUGAAUAGCUUAUGAUCAGAUUAAUAUGCUCUUUCAAACAAUCAUGAUAUGAUGGACAGCAAAAUACAAGACGCAGUUUUGAUUUGUGCUGCACAUUUUUUUUUUUUUUUAGAUCCCCUGUUGAAAUACUGUUUUCUUCAUUCAUUUUAUUCUUAUGUGCAGGUCUGUCUGUGCCCACUUGUCAGCUGCUUUGGAUAAAAGCAUCUGCCAAAUGAGCAAAUGCAAUGUAAUGAACUGUUCUUGACAUGGUCAUUACAUUUGUCAGUAAGAACCUAUAGACUAAUUUGGUCUUCACCAAAGAACCAAUAAAGAA